GAUGAAAUACGCAUACAAGCCGACACAUGUUUGCCUACCGAUACGCAUGCCACAAUAAAAGGCGCGCUUGUCUUUACUACAUUCCUCCCCUGAAAUCAUUCUAUCAAGAGCUUUACAUCAUAUAUUAGAGCAUCUGGAACCCUGCAGCAUCGUGCAUGAGAGACUCGUACAUUAGAAACGACAACAAUACAACAUCAAACUUCACACAAUGCUGCUGCCAGUAUGUUCCACCUGUCUGCUCCUUAUAUCAGGCUUCGUCUCGAACUCUGCAGCUCUAGCAAUUCCGGAUCCAUCUGCCGAUAUGGUCAAAGACAUCAAUUUCUUAAAUCGACCAUUUUGCGAUGUCCCCGGCGCUGCCUGUGUCGGCAAGCGCGAGUCAACAACGUCAAACACCGAGCCCGGCAACGCCAAUCUUGCCACCGAGAGCAAGAUCAGUACGGUAUCGACUGACAGACGUGACGACGAUUACCUGGCGGUUUCAUCAGAUGUGUGGUCGAAUUUGCUGAGCUUCUUCAAUUCGCGGCCGGCGCCAGACUCGGAAUCACAACCACUAAGACUGAAGAUCUCGUUCUGUGGCAUACCCGGAAUGGGCUGCAAUUACAGAAAAGCGAAGCGAAGCUUUGAGGAGUUACCUCAGACUCUGGCUCCCGCCGACGCAGUGGAGCCGCGCGAGCCUGGCCCGUUGAGGCUCAAAAUCUCUUUCUGUGGUAUGCCCGGCAUGGGCUGCAACUACAAGAAAGCGAAGCGAGACUCUGAAGAUCCGUCCGGAAGCUCAACCUCACUCGAUGCGGCGAUGCCCCGCGAGCCUGUCACUGGCAGAGGAAGGGCCUCCCCUUGUGGAAUGCCCGGAAUGGGAUGUGUUUAUGGAGCAGAACGAUAGUAGCGCAUGCUGGCGAACACGGGGCUGAUCGCACAAUGUGAAGAGCGGAAUGUGGGGGGUUCUUUCUUUGUGAGCCAUUCCAUUUGUGACUGUGAUUCUUCUUCGGGUGCAGCGACAUUCUGAAUU